AAGUGAUUGAAAAUGAAAAGUUAAUUGAAGUGUGGCAUUAAUUUAAGAAUAAACCGCAAACUCAGUGCAUAAUGUUUAUUUACUUGAGUAAGAAGAUCGCUAUCCCGAACAACACCCGCCUUAACUGUAUAGCAUGGAACAAAGAGCAGGGCUACGUUGCCGUAGGGGGCGAAGAUGGCCUGCUGAAGGUUCUCAAGCUGGAACAAGCAUCGGCGGUUCCAGCGCAAACGGGAAAAGCUAUGCAACCCAGCAAUCUGUCCAUGAAUCAAACCCUUGAGGGACACAAAUCGUCCGUUCAGGUCGUAACAUGGAAUGAAUCCCAGCAGAAGCUAACCUCCUCCGAUAAGGAUGGAGUGAUCAUGGUUUGGAUGAUGUACAAAGGAUCCUGGUACGAGGAAAUGACCAACGAUCGCAAGAAAUCGACGGUGAAAGGUAUGACCUGGACCAGCGAUGGACAGAAAAUCUGCAUCGUUUACGAGGAUGGCACCGUCAUUGUUGGUUCCGUGGAUGGCAAUAGGAUAUGGGGAAAAGAACUUAAGAAUGUAUCACUUACAGGAGUGCAGUGGAGCCCGAAUGGCCGCCUUUUGUUGUUUAGCAUCAAGACCGGUGAGCUGCAUUUAUACGAUAACCAGGGAAUCUUCGUGAUGAAGUUAAACAUUCAGUGUGUCUAUUUGACACCCUCGAAAAGCAUGACAGUGGUCGGGUUAUGCUGGUAUCACGAUGCAGUCUCCGCCAACCGGCCAGUACUGGCCGUUUGUUACGAAAAUGGAAAGAUGCAGAUUAUGAGGAAUGAAAACGAUGAUAAUCCGGUCGUUGUAGAUUGCGCCAUGCAGGCAAUAUCCUGUAUGUGGAAUCAUGACGGCACUAUAAUGGCUGUUUGUGGUAUGAAGACCAGUUUUAAUGAGAAGGAGUUCAAUCAAGUACAAUUUUAUACACCGUAUGGUGUACAUAUCAGAACACUGAAAAUUCCGGGAAAAGAAAUCACAUCCUUAUCCUGGGAAGGCAAAUCGCUCAGAAUAGCACUCUCAGUAGAUUCGUUCAUCUAUUUUGCCAACAUUCGUCCCGAUUACACUUGGUGUUAUUUCAACAAAACGGUUUGCUUUCUGGAAACGUCCGCAAUCGAGGAAACAUCGUCGGUUACUUUCUGGGACACGAAUUCCAAUCAGUGCUACUUGAAGCAUGUAGAUCCCGUUAUUGCGAUAACUGCCACCACAGAUCAUUGUGUUUUGGCAGUAGAAACCAAGAUUAAUGCGAAAGAGUUCAGUUUCAUGAGCGACAACAAAAGUAAGGACUUCAUGUAUCAGCUGCUAGUGUGUAAUUCGAUUAGCACAACCGUGGACUCAAAAUAUGUUGAUCUUAGACCAAACUUCAUUGCAAUGAACUCCACCCAUGUUAUCGUGGCUUCGAAAGAUCAGUUCCUUCUUUGGCAUUAUCACACUCCAAAGGGUGCCUCCAGUUUGCAUGCGACUGUCAAAGCUAAAAAGGAGAAAAAGUACCACAUAGAUGAUACCCCGGCGCUGGACGUGCUGAAUGAUCUGGAUUCGAAUCACACCUACGACAUACCGUCCAAAACCGAACCAAGUCAGGAUCCGAUCUGCUGUAUGACCGCAUCGGAGAACCUGCUGCUGAUCGGUCGGGAAUCGGGCAUGAUACACGAAUAUACGCUGCCUCAUUUGGUGCUUCGAAAUCGACACUAUUUGCAGACUCGCGGUUACAAGAUGUCCAUCAAUUGUAAUUCAACACGAGCAGCUUUGAUUGACUGCAAUGGAGUACUAACGACCCUAGUUUUGCGAGAGGAUUCCGAUGAUAGCCAGCCACCGGAGGGUAAAAUCGAACGCAAGGAUGUUUGGGCGAUCUGCUGGGCGCGUGAUAAUCCGCAAUUGUUGGCGAUCAUGGAAAAAACCCGAAUGUACAUUCUGAAAGGCGCCGAUCCGGAAGAACCGAUCGCGUGCUCUGGGUAUAUUUGUAACUUUGUUGAUUUAGAAAUUACCGGUGUGCUGCUAGAUGAGAUUAUCAAAGGCGGAGCUACGCCUAACGUAAAAGAACAUAUUCUGCAGUUGCGGGUGAAAUCGUUGAGAGAUACCGAAGACUUGUUGUCGCAUGUUGGUAUUACGGAAGCGAAGCAGUUCAUUGAGGAUAAUGCACAUCCUCGUUUGUGGCGAUUGCUGGCGGAAGCUUCUUUGAAGAAGUUGGAUCUAGAAACGGCGGAAGCCGCCUUUGUACGUUGCAGUAACUAUCCAGGAAUCCAGUUAAUUAAAAGGUUGAAAAACAUACAAGUCGAAGCACUGCAGAAGGCAGAAAUUUGUGCUUUCUUCGGCGAGUUCGAUGAGGCAGAGAAAUUAUACAUUGACGUCGACAGAAGAGAUCUGGCGAUAAGUUUGAGACAAACUCUUUGCGAUUGGUUUCGUACGGUUCAAUUGUACAAGAUGGGUCCGGGUAUUUCCGACCAGCAGAUGGAGUUUGCGUGGCGCGAGAUCGGACACCAUUUUAUGAACGUACGAGCUUGGGAAAGUGCCAAGGAGUACUACGACAAGGCGCACUACAUUGAAGGCUUAAUGGAUACGUUGUAUCACCUCGAGCAAUACGACGAACUGGUGGGCUGUAUGCAUAAGCUUCCCGAGAAAAAUCCUCAGCUAGCUAAGCUUGGUCAGAUGCUGGCAACAGUUGGAAUGUGUGAACAGUCGGUCGCUGCCUAUUUGAAGCUCGGAGAUGUCAAAUCGGCUGUUUCCACCUGUAUCGGCCUGCGCCAGUGGGGGUUGGCCGUCGAGCUUGCUCAAAAGUACAAAAUGCCUCAGAUUAGUGCCCUUCUCAGUAAACAUGCAGCACAUUUACUGCAAGAAGGUAAACUGCCGGAGGCAAUCGAGCUUCAGAAAAAAGCUGGAAGAUUUCUAGAUGCUGCAAGAUUACUGGUCAAAAUGGCAGAAAGCGAAGCGGAGAAGAAAUCCGCUUUUCUUAGAAUCAAACAAUUGUACGUUCUAUCUGGGAUGCUUGCUGAAGAACAUAUUGAGAAGCAAAUUUCGCUAACCGGGGGAAAUCGAGCUUCGGUAUUAUCACAAAUGAAUCCGGAGGAUUCAAUUCUAACGGAGAAUAUAUGGCAUAAUGCCGAAGCUUAUCACUACAUGCUGAUGGCUCAAAGGCAGUUGAGAUCUGGUCUGCUGCAUAGUGCUGUAAUCACUGCUUUACGACUUCGAGAAUACGAGGAUGUUUUAGAUGUUGAAUCACUGUACUCGUUACUAGCGUUGACGAGCUGUGCAGAUCGAUCUUUUGGCACUUGCUCCAAAGCUUUCAUCAAACUGGAGGGCCUCGAAUCGAUAGCGGAAGCUCGCCGGCAGCAGUACGAAGAGCUAGCAAUCACUAUAUUUUCCCGCUAUGAUCCUCGGGAUGGCAAAUCGAAACACGUCACCUGUUUCACAUGCGAAACUCCGGUGAUGGAUUGCAGCACAUUUUGUCCAAGUUGUGGAAGUCACUUUCCUCCCUGCAUUGCCUCCGGUCAGCCACUAACAAACCCGACCGGUGCUUGGCAGUGUUCGACGUGCCACCAUGUGGCCAAUCCACUGGAAAUCACAUCGCGAAAGUCGUGUCCACUGUGCCACACGACAAUAAACCCAAAAGGCAGUGUGGAAGUUUGA